CGAAUUCAUCGAAUCGUUUACUCGGCUGGCGCUUGAACCCCGCGGUUUACAAAAACCACAGUUGGACGAGGUGAAAUAAUUGUAGUAAAACCUGCUUUUAGUCAACACCGACCUAUUGGUAUGAUGUCGAAAUUGUGUUAACGUUACGGUAACGUCAUCUCCGAAUAAAGCCGUUCAAAACUGCGACGGCAAACAGUUAUUCCAGCAACCAAACGGAGCACGGCGGCGUUUUGUUUGUGGUAACGUUAGCGGUAAAGUUAGCAGAUGGCUAGCUAGCCCGGUAGUUUAGGGGAGGUAACGUUACCUUGUCAACUAGCGUCAACUGAAACUGCUGCGCCUGUUAGCUGUCCUAACAGCUUGGAAAUAUAAGCCUCACGGUACCUUGCUACGACCUCAGCUGGAUAACGAACAGCAAUGUUGCUGUCGACUGAGGCUCGUUUUGGGCCGAGUCAAAGUACCAGAUAUAAAGGAGACACUAUAUGUGUGGUACCCGACCUCUCCUCUGACGCCCUGGAAGAUGACUUUGACCUGAAUAAGUCCUACCCAUACACCCAGAGACCACAGUACAAGAAGAGCCUAUUGGCAUUGCAGCGUCGUUAUUGUCCUGGCUUCUUGACAGGUGACCGUUUGGAUGUUUGCAGCUCUGUUGCAGCAAGAAACCACCAAAUCUCUUGUUUGCAUCCUCUUCCCCAAGUUUCUGCUGUCUGCCUGCCACAGCCGUCCACUAUGUCAGAGACUGAGGAAAGCUUGUUCUGUCAGCUAACCUCUGGACGUUUUGGCCUGUCAGGAGCUCCAUCUGUCUGCAACCCAAACAAAUUCAUUCUUACUGUUGACCAUAAAACCAGAGAGAUUUUGUCAGCGAAUGAACAGGCCUGCAAACUGUUUGAGUGCACAGCUAAUGAGCUGAUUGGAAAAAAGCUUUCCUGUUUCCUGAAGAAAACCAGCCAGGUCCUCGAGCAAGCACUGGAGGAAGAUUUCCCACUAGUGGAUGGAACUGUUGUGGCUGUGUCUGGAAAAGUGGUGGAUGUUGUGACACUAUCUGGAGAGGUGCCAGUGUCAGUGUGUACCCACAAACUGUCCCAAAAUGAAGAGCACAUGCUUGUUAUGAUGGAGAAUGUAGAACGGUUAUCAGCCUUUCUCUCCUUUUCACAAGACGGCAGCAUCCUAACCUGUGACUUGACAUUCGCCCAUCUCCAUGGAUACCAUCAUCCUGACGACUUAAAAGGGAUGUCUGUGAAGGAGCUAAUCCCCUCUUUACAAAUCCCCUUCCACAGUCAUGCAUUGCCCAAAAUGCUGAGGGUUCAGAGGAGGUGGGGUAAAAGCAGAGAGGGUGCAUCAGUCCCACUGUGUAUCAAGCUUCAGGGGGCAGUACUAUGUGGAAAACCCCAACACCAAAACAAUGGGACUGGUUGCACCUGUCCAGCAGAUACUCUUGAAAGAUCAGAUGCACAAGACAAGCAGCCUUGCUCCCAUCUCACCUCCUCUGCGUGCAAGACAGAAGCCUCACACUCUGAGCAAUGUCAUGGAAGAGAGCAGUCCUCUGAGGUCAAAGUGGACAGCAGUGCCACCUCCCCAAGCUCUGUGCUGGAGUACUUUGGAACAGUUUGGGUGUUUGCUCCUCUGAGUGGUCUCCUCCUGCUCCACCCUGAUGGUUCCAUCUCCAGCAUCCACAACCACCUGGCCCUCAGUCUGUUUGGCUACAGCAAGGACGAGCUGUUAGGAAAGAGCAUCACUUUUCUGAUGCCUGGUUUCUAUGGAUGGAAGUCUGACUCAGACAGAAAGGCCUGUCCAUUCCCUGAUUCUCAAGUGGAGGCUGGGAAAAGUGCAGGCUUAUCCAAAAUAUCAGGGAAAUCUGACCCGUCCUCACUGGUGGCUGGGGACAUGGCCAUGGUGCAUCAGGCUGUCAUGAGAAGAACCUCGACAGGGAGAGGCAGGAUCUUCACUGGAACCAGCACCAGGCUGGAGAAACAGGGCAGCGCUCUGUCGACUCUUUCCCCUCCUGCAGUCACCUCUACACGCGUGGUUAUGGCCGAUGACACUACAGAGCUUAUGGAGGAGGCAGCUCGGGUCGCUCCCUGCUGUAGCCAGCUAGACAGUGCAGAUAGCACUCAGGCACUCCUCAAGACAUUUGCCUGGGUGGAACCUCCAGAAGAAGACAACAGCUGCCGCAUUCUCCCCGAACCACCACACCGUAACACAAAACAGCAGCUCUGCAGUGGGGUUCAGAAAAAUAAUCGACCCGCUGUUGAGAUUAUCCCAGACUCACCCACUCUCAAUGGACAUGCUGUUGGUAGGGUGGGUGGCACCUCCCCUGACAGAGGUAAAGACCACCAAUCGUGUGCCUCUGUCCUGCAGGACUCCAGCUAUGAAGUCAUCUCACUAGAGAGCAGGUCCUCCUCUGGCUUCUGUGAAAAGUUUGCCGGCCAUGGUGGUUCUGACCCAGGCCAAGCAGAGGACUCUCGUUCAGCGCACGUAGUGGACUCGGCCAGCUGCUUCCUGGACCUCAACAGCAAUGGUGAUCUGGUGACCCGGGCCCUGGCUGACCUGGAUUUGAACAGUAGCAUAGAGCUGCUCAGCGGCGGAGGGUACAACAACGACAACCAGCACUCCAUGACAUCCUGCGAUACAGCCGAGCUCCUGCGGACACCCUCCCCAUGCAGCAUAGGGUCUGACCAGGAAGCAGAGCCUGUUGAGACUGGAGAUGCUGGUGUGGAGGCCAGAAAUGGUACAAGUGAAAAACUAGAAAAGAGCCCAGGAGAGCAGGAUCAGUGGGUGGCUCUCUCUUCGAUUCAUAAAGGAAAGAGCGAGGAGUUCUGCAUCCAGAGGAAUGAUGGGAUUCAAUCAGACAUUCCUGCUACAUCUACACCUAAGAAACAGAGGGUAAAUGGACAAACCCUGUCUUCAGAUGGCACAGAGAUACUGGAGGGGCGAUUUGAAGGAAGCGCAUACCACAGAGAUGGCACCAGAGUAGAUGUGCAGUGUGACGUAUGCAGGUCUAACCUCCCAGAUGGAAGCUCCAUGUUCUGUGUGUGGAUCAGUCGGCCUGGCCAGCAGGGGACAAUGUUGCAGACAGAUCGAUCACUACACAACCAAUCAGAGGCCAGUCUAGGAGAGAGGAUUGGCGAGGCCAGUCAUGGGGAGGCAUUACGCUCCACCAUGGACCUAGAGCAGUCUCGAGCCUGUGACGGGCAGUUUGAAGAAGAGUACCAGCCACUUAAAGCUGUGGGUAAAGGAGCCUUUGGUUUUGUCUGGAAGGCAGUAAGGCGCUGUGAUGGGCAAGAAGUGGUUGUGAAGUUCAUUAGUAAGGCCAGGAUAGUGAGUGACUGCUGGGUGGACGACCCCAUGCUGGGACGAGUCAGCCAGGAGAUUGCCAUACUGACACGAGUGCAGCACCACAACAUUGUCAAGGUUCUGGAGGUGUUUGAAAAUGGAAGUUACUUCCAGAUGGUGAUGGAGAAACACGGAGAUGGUUUGGACCUUUUUGAAUUCAUUGAUAUGCAGCCAAGGCUGGAUGAGCCCCUGGCUAGCUACAUCUUUAGACAGCUGGUGGCAGCUGUCUUCUAUUUGAGAGCUAAGAACAUCCUUCACAGGGACAUAAAAGAUGAGAACAUCAUCAUCGACAAGUGUUUCCACAUUCGACUGAUAGACUUUGGUUCUGCUGCCAUGAUGGCUCCGGGGAAGCUCUUCUACAAUUUCUGUGGCACACUGGAGUACUGCUCCCCAGAGGUGCUUCAGGGAAAUCCCUAUGAGGGUCCAGAGCUGGAGAUGUGGUCUCUGGGGGUUUUGCUCUACACGCUGCUAUUCAGUGAAAACCCUUUCUGUGAUGUGGGUGAGAUCCUAGAUGCCAAACUCAAGCCCCCGUUCCCUCUCUCUCCAGAGCUCAGUGGUGUGUUACGUGGGCUGCUGCAUCCUGAUCCUGCUCAGAGGAUGACUCUAGACCAGCUGCUGCUGCAGUCCUGGAUCAGCCAGCCCAUUUCCCUGGCGGAGUACAGCUGGACGGAGGUGGUUCCUGCAACUCAGAGCUACUGCUCACCACAGCACCAAGAGUCCAGUCCUAAGGUUUAUGUCAAGCAAGGCUUGUUCCCAGAUAAUGGUGACGAGACUCUGCCUGAUGAUGAGGAGGAGGAGGAGGAGGAGGAUGAGGAUGAGAGGCUGUCAAUGGUGGCCCUGGAGAGUGAGCUCCAGAAGUACCUUCAUGAGAACUAAAGAAUGAGUUCAAAGGGAGUGAAGUCCAUCCGUCCAACAUUUGAUCUGCAGAACUGCAAAGAGGACAUGAAGUGCAAAAUAUGGAAAGGGAAGCUUAUUUUAGUCCAAUAAUCAAACACUACUCUGUAUAGAAUUAAGGCUUUUGGAGAUAAAUGCAUCUUUGCCAAGCUGUUGGGUUGUGAAAAAGUAGUUGUGGAAAUAUUUGUAAGCAGAGUGCAACACAGGAAUGCAAGUGUCAUCAUGAACAUACCAGCAUUUUUUCUUUUUUAUUUAAUCCAUUUAAUUUAUUCUUUAGAUGUAGGGUAUAUUUGAACGAUCAAAAUCACAGUAAUGAUUCACAGGGAUCCAGCAUUUCUACCAAAAUCCACAGGUGACCACUACUUUGAGUUGUUUACCUCAAAGAAGACAGAAUUACACAGAAUUAUUUUUUUGAUCCAGCCAUUGAUUCUUGUUUAAUAUCUGUUUUCUGUUCAUGAUUUUAAUCUCAAAUGUUUUAAUUAAAAUUUGUAAGUAUAUUUACAAUAUUUUAUCUAUUUAUUUUUAUAAAUCAAUAAAUAUUUUACCACAGA